CGGGGGGAAUCAAUGAAUUCAGAAAGCAGUAGGAGUUUGGAGAAUACAGUAAACAGGGUCUAUUCUGAUCAGCUGGUUCCAAAGAUAAACACAAGCAGGAAACUGUCCACUUCAGCAAACCCACCCAGCAUCCUGGAAAUACCACAAGAGAUUAAGAAAAGCUGUGGAGACAAACAGGUAGAAAUCACAGUCGAAAGAAUAAAAAUGGCAAAGAGCAUCAAAGAAAAACAAAGCAAUGAUUUAGAGAAACUGGCCUUUAAAAGGAAGGCAGAAGGCGAAGAAAAGCCAGCUGGAAGGAAAGAGGCAAAGAUCCUGGAACUUGACAGCCCGUUGAUCACACCGCCCCUGCCUCACAUCCCCCUGAAGAACAUCAUGGAUGUGGAGGCGAAGUUGGUCUACAUCGAUGAAGAGGACGUGAGCUACGAGUUUGUGGAGCCCUUCACGUCCACUGGGACUCAGCCAACAUGCCGAGCUGCUGAAAUAGUAGACCCUGUGCACGCACCUAAUUGCAGCCGUCUGCCUCAGAUUGACAAAUGGCUUCAGGUAGCCUUAAAGGAUGCCAGCUUGUGCUACAGACAGAAGAAGUACGCCGUGGCGGCGGGACAGUUCAGAACAGCACUGGAGCUUUGCAGCAAAGGGGCAGUUCUGGGAAAACCAUUUGAAGCAUCUGCUGAAGAUAUAGCAAGCGUAGCAAGUUUCAUUGAGACAAAGCUUGUUAUAUGCUAUCUACGGAUGAGGAAACCUGACCUUGCCUUGAAUCAUGCACACAGGAGCAUUGUUUUAAACCCAGCCUAUUUCCGAAAUCAUCUUCGUCAGGCAACAGUGUUUAGAUGUCUGGAGAGAUAUUCAGAAGCUGCCCGGAGUGCCAUGAUUGCUGACUACAUGUUCUGGCUCUUCGGAGGAAGUGAGCAGUGUGUAAGCAAGCUCAUCAAACUGUAUUGGCAGGCCAUGAUUGAAGAAGCCAUCACCAGAGCGGAGUCAUUCUCAGUCAUGUACACACCGUUCGCCACAAAAAUCACAGCGGAUAAAGUAGAAAAAGUAAAAGAGGUUUUCACAAAAACUCACCCCGCAUAUGUGGACUAUAUCUACACAGAUCUUCAAGGAUUCCAUGUGUUGCCUCAGACAGUUGAUUGGUCAUCUUUUCCUCCCCAACAAUACCUCUUGAUUCUUGGGUUCAGACACAAAGAAGACGGAAAAUUUUUGGAAAAAGUAUCAAGGAGGAAGCUGCCAACAUUUAUAGAACACAAAACUCCCUUCAGUCCACUGACGAGAGAAGAUACAGUGAGGCAGAUGGAGACAAUGGGGAAACGAGUCUUGCCAAUAUUGGAUUUUAUUAGAAGCACCCAGUUGAAUGGGAGUUUCCCUGCGUGCUCAGGCGCCUUGGAGAAGUUGCAAUAUGCCAGCCUGCUCAGCCAGCUACAGAGAGUAAAGGAGCAGUCCCAGGUGAUCAAUCAAGCAAUGGCAGAACUAGCAACCAUCCCCUAUCUAGGGGACAUCAGUCAAGAGGAGGCGGACUUGCUGCAGUCACUGAUGGCUGAUGCCAUGGACAGCCUUGAAGGGAGAGGGGGCGGCAGGGAACGCGUGUGGAACACCAUCCAAAAGGUUGGACGAGUUGAAGACUUUCUCUACCAAUUAGAGGAUAAUUUCUUAAAAACCAAAAAACUGAGAAAUGCUCGAAGGCAAAAAACAAAAAUGAAGCGGCUUCAAACUGUGCAGCAAAGCUAG